AUGGGAGCCAAAAAGAGGAUUGCAUAUUUUUAUGAUGAAGAAGUUGGAAAUUUCCACUAUGGGUUGGGCCAUCCAAUGAAACCACAUAGAGUUAGAAUGACUCAUGAUCUUGUUUCUCAAUAUGGCCUAUUAGAAAAAGUGGAUGUUAUGGUACCGACACCUGGAACAGUCGAAUCUAUAACAAGAUUUCAUUCAAAUGACUAUGUAGAUUUUUUACGCAACGUUAAUACUGACAAUAUGCAUGACUAUUCUGAUCAGCUAGCUAGAUUCAACGUAGGUGAAGAUUGCCCUGUAUUUGAUGGUUUGUGGGAAUUUUGCCAGUUAUCUGCUGGAGGGUCACUUGGAGGGGCUCAAUCUGUUAAUGAAUUUGGGUAUCAGUAUGCGAUAAAUUGGGCAGGGGGACUUCACCAUGGAAAAAAACACGAGGCGAGUGGCUUUUGCUACGUUAAUGAUUGCGUACUGGGUGCUUUAGAGUUUUUGAAAUAUCAACACAGGGUAUGUUAUGUUGAUAUUGAUAUUCAUCAUGGCGAUGGUGUUGAAGAAGCUUUUUACACUUCUCCGAGAUGUAUGUGCGUUUCAUUUCACAAAUACGGUGACUAUUUUCCUGGAACUGGAGCACUUAAUGAUGUGGGUGUUGAAGAAGGUUUAGGAUAUUCUGUAAACGUUCCUUUGAAAGAUGGGGUUGAUGAUGCAACUUUUAUCGACUUGUUUACUAAAGUUAUGACAUUGGUAAUGGAAAAAUACAGACCUGGGGCGAUAGUUUUACAAUGCGGAGCUGAUUCAUUAUCUGGCGAUAGACUGGGUUGUUUUAAUUUGUCACUAAAGGGACAUGGACAUGCCGUUUCUUUUUUAAAGAAAUUUAAUGUUCCAAUGCUGAUUUUGGGAGGUGGUGGCUACACACUUAGAAAUGUUCCAAAGUGUUGGACUUAUGAAACAAGUUUGAUAGUUGACACAUAUAUUGACGAACAACUUCCUAAUUCAUCAAAUUUUUAUGGAUACUUUGGCCCUGAUUUUUCUCUGGCAGUUAGAACCUCAAACAUGGAGAAUCUAAACUCCAGGCAAGAUUGUGAAGAAGUUUAUAGGAAAAUAAGCGAAAACUUUAGGGAUUAUGUGCUCCCAGUUGGAUCUCAAAUAUCGGCAUAUGAUGUACCUGAGAAACUCCCUCCAUUAUAUAAUUCUAAUAAGAAUACAGAUGAUUAUAAAGACGGUAACAAUAUCAAACACGAACAGCAUCAGGAUGUUAAUGACGAGAUGAAAGAAUGGCCUACACUUGAUUACAAUAAUCGAGCACUUGGUUAG